AUGCUGAAACUGCAACUUUACUGGAAAGAGGGGCUUAUUUUAGAAUUGAAAAAUCCUGCCAAAGUUGAAACCAGUCCAUGCCGGCAAUUUAUUUGGCUUUUAUUCAAUUUUAGGGCUGGGGGAAGCUUUAGGAGUUACAAUGCAGUUUCGUCAACCGAACAAACAGCAUUGAAAUUGCUUGAGGUUGAUAAUUUAGCUCUUGAUGAUGAAGUAGCAAAAAUUCGGUGCGAGUUUGAAGCAGCAAAGCAGAGUUUUCUUAGGAUUCCCGAGGCAGUCAAGGGAAUGCCAAAACUGAAUCCUGAAGGUCCAUUCAAUAGUGUUUUAGCUGAAGGCCUAUACUAUGAUAAGAAAAAUGGGUGCCUCUUGAAGUUGGAUUUCUUUGGGUCAAUUGAGCCAGAUGGAUGCUACUUCGGGCGUUGCAAGCUGAGCAGGAACGAAAUAGUAGAGAUAUAUGGCACUCGGCAUAUUGGGCGUGACCAAGCACGUGGGCUUGUUGGCUUGAUGGAUUUCUUUUGCUUUAGCGAGCUGAUACAUAGUGGUUUAGCAGUCAUAUUAGUAUUCUUGUUAAAUGAUUCUCUUCAUGGAUCUGUAGGACCAUUGACUGUUUGGCUUGCUUGCCUUCUUGCAGAUAUGGUGCAACAUUUUGUUGAUGCCAAACUGGAAUUUGAUGCAUCGUACAUAUAUCAAGAUGUAAAUCGUGCAAUUCAGCAUGUUCAUCGCAGUGGGGUGGCUCACAGAGGAAUUCUUUCUGAUCCUCACAGAUACCUUGUGAAAAAUGGUCAAGUACUUCGCUUUCUUACAAUGCUAAAAGAGAGGGGCAAGAAGCUUUUCUUGCUUACUAACUCUCCUUACAAUUUUGUGGAUGGAGGGAUGCGUUUUAUCAUGGAGGAUUCUUUUGGUUACAGAGACUCUUGGAGGGAGCUUUUUGAUGUUGUUAUUGCCAAAGCCAAUAAGCCAGAGUUUUACACUUCUGAGCAUCCCUUUCGCUGUUAUGACACGGAGAAGGACAACCUAGCUUUCACGAAGGUGGAUGCAUUUCUUCCGAAUAAAAUUUAUUACCAUGGAUGCCUCAAAUCGUUUCUCCAAAUUACCAAGUGGAAUGGUCCAGAGGUGAUUUACUUUGGUGAUCACCUCUUUAGCGACCUAAGGGGGCCUUCAAAGGCUGGUUGGCGAACUGCUGCUAUCAUCCAUGAACUAGAAAAGGAAAUACAUAUUCAAAAUGAUGAUAGUUAUCGUUUUGAACAGGCAAAAUUUCAUAUCAUACAAGAACUACUUGGUAAACUACAUGCAACUGUUGCCAAUAGUCAGAAAAGUGAAGUGUGCCAGUUGCUUUUGGAGGAGCUAAAUGAUGAGCGGCUAAAGGCAAGAGAGAUGAUGAAAAAAAUGUUUAACAAGUCUUUUGGAGCAACUUUCCUAACUGACACAGGUCAAGAAUCAGCUUUUGCGUACCACAUCCAUCAAUAUGCAGAUGUCUAUACAAGCAAGCCUGAGAACUUUUUGCUCUAUCCGCCUGAAGCAUGGCUUCAUGUACCCUUUGAUAUCAAGAUCAUGCCACAUCAUGUGAAGAGUCUUAACGACAACAAUGAAGCUGUGGACUGUGGGGAGAGAGAGGAGGCUGAGAAUCAAAGUUUUAACGAAGGGGGAAGAAUUCAAAGUUUCUACAAAAGCUACAUGAUGACAUGUGGCCUGCCUUUUUACCUAGCUGCGUAG